CUACACUAGAGUAUAGGCCUGCCGUAAUUCAAGCCCUCCAGUGCGUCAACUUCGCCUGUUGCGUGCGCUAUUGUAAUGCAAAUGUAAAUACCGCAAUGGUCGUUUUACUGUAGACCAGAGGUCAGUUUUAUGUCACAAAACAACCUCACUGUAGCCUAUACAUGAUUACAUGACGUUGAUUGUUACAUCGACGUUAAUGUCGCCAAUAGGCACGCGCGCCUUUGAAAAACAAUUGUCAACAUCUGAACAAAAAUUACGAAUGUGAAAAGCUACACCUCUGCUUACAGGAUGGCUUCAACUUGAUUAUGUCUGUCGCCAGGUAUAUUUCUUGUCUAGUCCAGAAAAAUCUAAUUGCUACAAUUUUUCGAAACUUGGUCGCAGCGAAAUGACACUAGAGACGCGACAUGAUUGUAUAAGAAAUUGCACUGGCAGAAGUUGAAAGAGGUUAUACAGCGAGAGGGAGGGCGACAUUGUUGUUUGUUGACAUCCGGUAUGGCUACAAUGUAACAACGCCUGUGGUCUACUCGCGGGAAACUACUAGGCUACAUGGGAUUGUGUGAAUUUAUGGAAAUAUGUCCAAGAAAAGGGGCAGAAAGCGUAGCAGCGGUGAGCUGAGUGAGAGUUCAGGUUCGUCUCUGUCAUCGACCCUGGACCCUAACAACCUGCUGGGCAUGCGGAUUGAGCACAUCUGGAGGGAGAAGGGCAACCUGACCAAGUGGAAAGGCACAGUGCUGGAGCGCCUCACCGUCAACACCUCCCUCUACAUGGUCAAAUACGACGGAUUCGACUGCGUCUAUGGCAUUGAGCUGUUCAAGGAUGAGCGAGUGUCCAACCUCCAGGUUUUAACAGAGAAAGUCGUAAACAACAAGAUCAAGGUGCCCCAUGAUGCGCCAGAGCUGGUGGGGAAGGCUGUGGAGCACCUGUUUGAGAAGGAGGACGGUGAGAAGAACGAGUGGCGGGGCAUGGUGCUGUCUCGCGCCCCCAUCAUGACCAACUGGUACUACAUCACCUAUGAGAAGGACCCUGUGCUCUACAUGUACCAGCUCUGGGACGACUAUAAGGACGGAGACCUCCGCAUCCUCCCUGAAGCAGAGAACAAACACCUACUGCCUGCAGACAGGAAGCCAGGCGAGGAGACCGAGAGCCUUGUGGGUAAGCAGGUGGAGUACGUCACGGAUAAGGGCGUGAAAAGGACGGGGCUGGUUAUCUACCAGGUUCCAGCCAAACCCUCUGUCUACUACAUCAAAUACGACGAUGACUUCCACAUCCACGUCUACGACCUGGUCAAAACCACCUAGAAUACAACUCUACCCAGUCAAAGCCCCCUAGAAAGGACUAGGCCCCCCUGCCUCCGACCCUCACACCUGUACACUCAUCUUAGGUUGAGGCCUAUUUCAACUCAGUCAAUUCAGGAAGAGAGUUGAAGUUCAGUAUUCACCAAAGUCGAAAUAUUGGGAAACUUAAUUCAUUAUUGGAAUGUCAAUCCAUUUCCUGAAUUGACUGGAUUGAAAUAGAACUCUCUGCAACCAUGACACUACCCUGCCAUUAUUGUGGACAUAUUCCCUGCCCUGUGUCUUGUCCAACGUCAGAAGUUUGCUAAAAGUGUGAACUCUGUGACUCAUAUUGACUAGUGUUUUGUAAACAGUGCAAAGCUUGCAUGUAUUUCCUUUGCUUUUAAGAAACAAGUGAUUAAGCAGUUAUGUUUGAUUUUGUUUGGCUAAGAAGUACUAAUUAUAAAUCGCUCUGGAUAAGAGCGUCUGCUAAAUGACUAAAAUAUAAAUGUAAGGAAGUAGAUAUUAUCAAUGAAAAUGACCUAUGUUGAUGUUCAAAUGUGUUGCUAGAAUAAGUGCAAUAAAAAAAUGAUUUAAUAGAAAUUAUAAACAACUGCCAAGAUUUGACUGCACAUGUCUCAGAAUAGCCAAACACCAGCUGAGGUCAAAUUAUUAGACCUACUAGUUUCAUGAGUACAGAGAAGUCAUGUUUAUUUGAGCCAGACAUUUAAAUACUAUUGGCUGUCACUGCAAGACAUUUUGGAUUAUAAUCUACCCUUAGUCAUGGUUGAAUAAUCAAAUAUUUCUGUCACGUUAGAACGCUGUGAACGUAACUGUACUUGCUUUUGUAAAUACCUGUAUUGUGAGGCAUUCUUGAAAAUACUGCAAAGAUGCUUUGGUAUGAUUUGCUGUUAAAUAAUGCAUGAUUUAGAGAUUGCAGCAAUUGUUGGUUAAUUAUUGUUUGUUUCAUUAUGGUGGGUAACCACCCCAGUUGGUAAAGCAGCACAAUAUAUACAAAAAGACAGAAGGACAAAUGGUUUCUCCAUCAUUUAAUCCUCCCCCCUCCAACAUUUUAAAUAAACAUUUAAAAUCAAAUCAAAGUUUAUUAGUACAGAGAUUAGCAGAUGUUAAAGCAGGUGCCGCGACAAAACAAAAUACAAAAUAAACAAGAAAUAAAGAAACGAGCAAUGUCAGAGUCCGGAAUAUUAAUACAGGGUGUGUAUAGACAAUAUCUACAAUAUACGGUGUAAGUAGUAAAAGGGUAUGUACAGCAGUAGUUGUGUAGGAUGAGCUAUGUCAAGAAUACAGUAUCCCACUAGGCACAAAUGUCAAUUCAACGUCUUCCACAUUGGUUCAAUGUAAUUUCAUUGAAAUAAUGUAGAAACAACACCUAAAGUGGACAUUGCUCUUGGCUGCAUGGAGUCGCAUUAACAGUAAUCCCAUGCAGCCUUGUUUACAAGUUUGAACACUGGAAGAUGACAUUUAAUUUACACCUUGAUUAGGAUGAUAGAGCGUAAUUAUUUCUAUAUAGCUUAUAUUCUCCUUCUAAACUUCUAACGCAAGUGGGGCGGGUGUGGCUUCAUGACAAUGAUGGCAAGAGCAGCUGCUCACCUAUUUUACCCAAUGCAGUUCCACCUCCAACACCGCCAAAACAUCCGCUAUGCGGGUGUCUGCUAUCGCCAGUUAAUGCUUGAUCUGAUUGAAUCUAGGCCGGCUAGUGAUGACUGUUUAACAGUGAUGGCCUAGAGAUAGAAGCUGCUUUUCAGACUCUUGGGGCCAGCUUUGAUGUACCUGUACGACAGGGGGCCUGCUAGAUGGUCGCAGGGUGAACAGGCCAUUGCUUGGGUGGCUGAGGUCCUUGAUGAUCUUCUUUGCCUUCCUGUGAUACCCGGUGCUGAAGGUGUCCGGGAGGGUAGGCGUUGUGCCCCAGGUGAUGCGCUGGGCAAGACCGCACCACCCUCUGGAGAGCCCUGCGGUUGCGGGAGGUGCAGUUGCCGUACCAGGCGGUGAUACAGCCCGACAGAAUGGUGCUCAAUGGUGCAUAUGUAGAAGUUUGAGAUGGUCAAACACGACUCCAAGCCAAAUUUCUUCAGCCUCCUGUGGUUGAAGAGGUGCUGUUUCCCCUUCAUCACGGUAUCAGUGUAGCGGUACCAUUUCAGGUUUCUCUGGAGGAACUUUGCACUCCAUGGAACUUGAAGCUUUUGACCCUCUCCACUGUGGCCCCGUGGAUGGAGGCGUACUCUCUCGGCUGUCUCCUGUAGUCCACAAAUAACUCCUUCGUUUUCUUGACAUUGAGGGAGAGGUUAUUUUCCUGGCACCACUUCGCCAGGGCUCUCACCUCCUCCUUGUAGGCUGUCUCGUCAUUGUUGGUAAUCAGGCCUACCACUGUGUCGUCAGCAAACUUGAUGAUAAAGUUGGAGACGUGCAUUGCCAUGCAGUCGUGUGAAUGGGGAGUACCUUCACCACCUGGAGUUGGCCCAUCAGGAAGUCUAGUUGCACAGAGAGGGGUUCAGACCCAGGGUCCUGAGCUUAGUGAUGAGCUUGGAGGGCACUAUGGUGUUGAAUGCUGAGCUGAAGUUGAUGAACAACAUUCUCACAUAGGUGUUCUUCUUGUCAAGGUUGGAUAGGAAAGUAUGCAGUGCAAUGGCGAUUUCGUCUUCCAUGGAUCUGUUGUGGCGGUAUGCAAAUUGUAGUGGGUGUCGGGUAAGGUGGAGGUGAUAUGGUCCUUAAAUAGCCUCGCAAAGCACUUCAUGAGGCAGGGGUGAGGCUGUGGAUGUUUGUAUGUCAGCAUGUUGUAAUUUUUGUGUAUGUUUUGUAUUGUAUAAUAAAACGUCUUUCUUUUUUUUACAAAAAAGAGCACUUCAUGAUGACAUUUAGAUCAGUAACCUUUGCUUUCUUGGGUACAGGAACAAAGGUGGACAUCUUGAAGCAAGUGUGGACAACAGAAACCCAUUUUGUAAUAUGAUUCUAGCAGGUAAUUACUGAUUGUUAGAAAUAGUUCAAUUGAGCAAAAGCUUUAAUAAACACAUUAAACCACA